AUGGAUCGGGCUCGUCUCCAAAGUCUCGAAGAAAGAAAGGCCCGACUCGUGGAACUUAGGCUGAAGCGGUUAGGGCUGGAUGGUGAUCGCUCUCUGGCGGCUAGCCCUAUUGCUGCUGUCGCCCGAGCGCCAGUGAAGGUGGAGAAAGGCGUCCAGACCGAUACCUGGGAAGCAGCUUCGGCCAAUACUCUGCUGAUACUCGAACAACAAGAACCCCAGGAACCAGAGCUCACUCGCUUUGAUAAAGCCAUACAAACGUCAUGGGAACCUAUCGCCGAAAACACGCCGAAACUGCCACCUCCCCCUGCUCAAUCACCAGCUAAACCACCCACCGUUACCGUCUACAUUCCUCAAGUUCCACCACCUACUCCAUUUGAACGAUUUGUCGCCGCUCGAACUCAAGCACAACCAGUUAAAGAUGACACAACCGCCGCCAUCGCCCCUCAACUCUCUGACGUUGGCCUCCUCUACCGCAAACCUGUGUACAUGGACGCCUCGCCGCAUUUCCCUGAACUCAUGGUUGUAGCGUUCUCAGCAAAAUCCCCUACCCAAGCGGGAGACCUCGCUGGAGCGGCUAUGGUGUACAGCGUUGAUGAUAUGACGCCUAAGUUCCUUCUUAGCUGUAUGCUGCCGCUCACGGUGAUUAAGUUUGAUACCAUGGAUCCCAAAAGAAUCAUAGGUGGUGGAGGUGACGGCCUGGUGGUGAUAUGGGAUCUCAAUGCGCUGUCGUCGCUGGAGGUGGCGUUAUGGCCCCAACUCACCACUCCAUUGCACCGCAUUGAUCAUCUGAUUCUGGAAGUAUCGUACAUUCCUCAUAAGCUCGCCAUUGUCGCCCUCCAUCAAUAUUCCAUUCAGGGAUCGCAUAUUCUCGUCCUGGUUCUGAUGGAUGGAGUGGUAAACACGUGGUCCCCCAGUCUUUUGGCUUGUCCUAAGCACGAUCUGGUCGUGAUCAGCGCAACUUCUUCUUCAUUGGAUACCGGUGAUGUCAGUCAGGUGAUUCUCAAAAGCCUGAUAGUGGUGGGGAACGAUGGCGCUGACGCUCUUGAUGAUCAGUCCAGUCUAGAACGACUAUUUGUGAUAGAGGAAAACGGCACCAUCUACCAGUGCUCCGGUGACCGCAAACGUGAUUUCACCGCAAUCGUCGAGGCAACCUCACCGGUGUCAGAUGUGGAGGCCUUACUGGAUAAGACUUUAGCAUCGACACACCUUGAUAACACACUACAAUUUUGGGGAUUUACCAACGCCAAGGUGACACCACUUCACUCCCUUCGUACCGAUGUGACGGUGGUGAAAGUUGCCCUGAGGCUGGCCUUCCAAAUCGCGACUAUUGGCAUCAAUCGUCACAACACUCAAGUGCUCGAGUUUUGGGACUUCUCCACGUCGAAGCGCCCAAUUGUGACGAUAACCGUGACUGAUUCCGUAACAUCGCUUCGAUUUUCAACGAAUGGGUCGGUCUUAUUGGUUGGAUCUGACCUGGGUAAGGUGAUCAAGUAUACCCUCGAUGAAGCUCAGUUGCUUCAAAAGUCAAAAGAGCAGAAAUCUGAAGGUAUACAGGCAUUACAAGCAUUUUGA